AUGCGCUCCUCGGUAGGGUUCCUGGGCCUGCUGCUCGUCGCAGCGCCUGCCGCUCUUGCGCAGGGCAACAACAACUUGCCGCAAUUGUCAACAAUACAACAGCCAGACGGAGAGGGAGCGUCAUCCAGCGCAGCGGCGUCGUCGUCGGCGGCACCCUCCUCGGCCCAGACAUCCACCUCAGCAGCAGCGUCGAGCCAGGCGCCGUCAGGAACAACAGCUGCCACCGCUGACAAUGGCGGCAGCUUCCCAACCGUUACGCAAGGCAUCGUCGGACUGUCCGGCCUGCCUACGAUUGCUGGUGUUGGUGUGCCCAACCAACAGGUCCCAGACACAGCUGGUGCGCUCUUCAUGCAAAAAUCAGAUCUCCCAGACGGAACCGUGUUCAUCUGCGUUGGCGCAAUCCUGGGUUUCCUUGGUGCUUGCGUGCUUCUGUGGCGUGGUCUGGUUGCGUGGUCGCUGCACAGAUCUGUCAAACGCGCUGCUCUGGCGCAGAACCUGGCUGAUAUGAAGGCCAUGUCAGCAGUACCUGGCAAGAAGCGUGGAAUGUACACCCACGUCGGUGCCAACUCUACCAUGUCUCUGGAUCACCUUGCUGCGGCGCCGACUGGGCAUUCAAAGCCCCAAAAGCCAUUUGCUCAAGCUCCUGGUGGCACACCUCCCCGAACGACGUCUUCCUUGUUUUUCUCGCCUACCGCAGGUGGUGCAGCUGGCCUCGCAGCCCCGGGCAAUCGCUCGUCAAACUACCUGCCUGCAGGUUACUAUGCCAGUGGCAACGCAGCGCCUGCUGGCGGAGCUCCCAUGGCGCAUGUAGGCGGACAUGCUGGCCACUUAUCAACCAACUCGCUGGCGCUCCCAGGCAACCGCUUCAGCCGAGCAUCUGGCGUCUCGCCGCCAGGAUCGCCGUCGCUUCCGCCCUCGCGCGGCUAUGACCGUUCUCCGCCGUCGAGGGAUGGUUACUCGAACUAUAACCGUAACAGCGUCGCUGGCCCCAACACAGCAGGCAAUACAAGAAGCAGUGUCUACGGCCACGGCAACGGCAACGGCACCAUGAGCAACCUGUCUUUGAACGUGGCCGGCGGAACUACAGAGGCUGGUGGCCGAGCGCCGAGUGCGUAUCUUGAGGAUUUGUUUGAGAACCACGGCGGUUCGCACUCGCAAGAGAGGUUCUAG